GCAGUCAGUCGCGCUGGGGCGAUCGUGUGUAACGGUCAUCAACUGUAAGAACUAAACUGGACUAAAUUGUGAACGAAUACCAAAGGAUACAGCACAGUGCCAAAGUUACAGUUAUGGAUCGGGAUCGCGACGAGGCGUCCCUCACGACGAGCGAUGAGAAGUCUGUGGAGGAAGUACCAGUGGCCCCGGGCCUGGAGCCCACACCCCCGAUUAGCUUCUGGCAACUGUUUCGCUUCUCCACCUAUGGCGAACUCUUUUGGCUCUUCUUUGGCUUUAUCAUGUGCUGCAUCAAGGCGCUAACCUUGCCCGCCGUGGUCAUUGUUUAUAGUGAAUUUACUGCCAUGUUGGUUGAUCGUGCCAUGCAGGUGGGCACCAGCUCGACGGUACAUGCGCUGCCCCUUUUAGGAGGCGGCAAGAAAUUAACUAAUGCCACACGCGAGGAAAACAACGAAGCACUCUACGAUGACUCCAUUUCGUAUGGCAUUCUGCUCACCAUCACCUCGGUGAUCAUGUUCAUAUCCGGCAUAUUUUCGGUAGAUAUAUUCAAUUUCGUAGCCUUGCGUCAGGUGACACGCAUGCGUAUCAAACUCUUCGAGUCGGUUAUGCGACAGGACAUUGGCUGGCAUGAUCUGGCCACCAAGCAGAACUUUGUCCAGAGCAUGACGGACGACAUUGAAAAGAUCCGCGAUGGCAUCUCUGAGAAAGUGGGCCACUUUCUCUAUUUAAUCGUGGGCUUUAUCAUAACGGUUGGCAUAUCCUUUGGCUAUGGCUGGAAGCUGACGCUAGCCGUGAGCUGCUACAUACCACUCGUUAUCGUCGUCAACUACUACGUGGGCAAGAUUCAAGGCACGCUGACGGCACGUGAACAGGAGUCUUAUGCAGGCGCAGGUAAUCUGGCGGAAGAGAUCCUAAGUGCAAUACGCACUGUGGUUUCCUUUGGCGGCGAGAAACAGGAAGUGGAGCGUUUCGAGAGCUUACUAGUGCCCGCUCGCAAGGCCAGUCAGUGGAAGGGCGCCUUCUCCGGCGUGAGCGAUGCGGUACUGAAGUCCAUGCUGUUUCUAUCCUGUGCGGGCGCAUUUUGGUAUGGCGUGAAUCUCAUUUUAGACGAUCGUUAUGUGGAGGAUAAAGAAUAUACUCCAGCCAUUUUGAUGAUUGCCUUCUUUGGCAUUAUUGUGGGCGCGGAUAACAUUGCCCGCACGGCGCCCUUCCUCGAGUCCUUUGCGACUGCGCGAGGCUGUGCGACCAAUCUGUUUAAGGUCAUUGAUCUGCAAUCGAAAAUCGAUCCAUUGUCCACAGAUGGCAAACUUUUGAACUAUGGCCUGCGUGGCGAUGUUGAGUUUCAGGAUGUCUUCUUUCGCUAUCCUUCGCGUCCCGAAAUUAUUGUGCAUCGCGGCUUGAAUAUCAAGAUCCGAGCGGGUCAAACUGUGGCGCUAGUUGGUCCCUCGGGCUGCGGUAAAUCAACCUGUAUACAGCUGUUGCAGCGCUUUUACGAUCCCGUUUUUGGCGCUGUGCUUUUGGAUGAGUUGGACAUACGCAAAUAUAAUAUACAAUGGCUGCGCUCCAAUAUCGCUGUAGUGGGACAGGAACCGGUGCUCUUUAUGGGCACAAUAGCGCAAAACAUCAGCUAUGGCAAACCGAAUGCCACACAGAAGGAAAUCGAAACAGCUGCCCAACAAGCCGGGGCUCAUGAUUUUAUUAGCCAUCUACCAGAGAGCUAUCGCACUAUGAUCGGUGAACAUGGCUCCCAGCUCUCAGGCGGUCAAAAACAACGCAUAGCUAUUGCUCGUGCCCUUAUACAGAAUCCCAAAAUAUUACUUCUCGAUGAGGCCACCUCGGCAUUGGACUAUACUUCCGAGAAACUGGUGCAACAAGCUUUGGAUUUGGCCAGCAAGGGACGCACCACCAUUGUGGUUUCACAUCGGCUCUCGGCUAUACGUGGUGCAGAUAAAAUAGUUUUUAUACUUGAUGGCAAGGUACUAGAGGAAGGCUCACAUGAUGAUCUGAUGGCGUUAGAAGGCGCCUACUAUAACAUGGUUAAGGCAGGAGACUUUAAGGCGCCAGACGAGCAGGAAAAGGAGGAGAAUAUAGAUGAGACUAAGCGCAAAAGUCUAGCGCUCUACGAAAAAUCCUUCGAGACGAGUCCGCUCAACUUUGAGAAGAACCAAAAGAACAGCGUGCAGUUCGAUGAGCCCAUUAUCAGGUCCAUGAAGGAGAGCAACAAGGAAAAGCAGAAGAGUGCCGCGGCAAAACCAAACUUUUUCAGAACCUUUGCGAGAAUUAUGCGCAUCUCACGCCCCGAAUGGUGUUAUCUAAUCCUAGGUGGCAUUUCGGCCAUAGCCGUCGGCUGUCUCUAUCCGGCAUUCUCCAUUAUCUUUGGCGAAUUCUAUGCUGCACUCGCCGAGCAGGAUGAGAAGGUAGCGCUCAGUCGUACUGCGGUGCUUUCUUGGGCAUGUUUGGGCAUUGCGGUAAUCACUGGGGUUAUCUGCUUUCUGCAAACCUAUAUGUUUAACUAUGCUGGUGUUUGGCUGACCACACGCAUGCGUGCCAUGACCUUUAGGGCAAUGGUCAGCCAGGAGGUUGGCUGGUUCGAUGAGGAGCAAAACUCGGUGGGUGCGCUCUCAGCGCGUUUGUCAGGCGAGGUGGCCGGUGUGCAAGGUGCCAUAGGAUUUCCACUAAGCGGCAUGAUCCAAGCUGUAUCAAAUUUCAUUUCUGGCAUAUCAAUUUCCAUGUACUACAAUUGGAAAUUGGCGUUGCUUUGCCUGGCCAACUGCCCGAUUAUUGUUGGAUCUGUUAUACUCGAGGCCAAAAUGAUGUCCAAUGCAUUGAUUAGAGAGAAACUAGUACUGGAGGAAGCCUGUCGCAUUGCCACCGAAUCGGUUACCAAUGUGCGCACCAUCGCCGGCCUGCGUCGCGAAUCUGAGGUCAUCAAGCAGUACACCGCGGAGAUUAAGCACGUGGAGAUUCUCAUAAGACAGAAACUGCGCUGGCGUGGAGUGCUUAACUCUACAAUGCAAGCGUCGGCUUUCUUUGCCUAUGCCGUAGCGCUCUGUUACGGCGGUGUUCUGGUCUCUUGGGGUGAAGUGCCCUUCCAGGAUAUCAUCAAAGUAUCUGAGACGCUGCUCUAUGGCUCUAUGAUGCUGGCCCAAUCGCUUGCCUUCACGCCCGCCUUUACCGCCGCCUUGGUGGCCGGUCAUCGCUUGUUCCAAAUCAUUGAUCGCAAGCCGCGCAUUGUAUCGCCCAUGGGCACAAUUAAAAACACGCUCGCCAAGCAACUGAAUCUCUUUGAGGGUGUGCGAUAUCGUGACAUCGAAUUCCGUUAUCCCACACGGCCAGAUGCGAAAAUUCUAAACGGUUUCGACUUGGAGGUCCAGCAGGGUCAAACUGUGGCAUUGGUUGGCCAUUCCGGUUGCGGCAAGUCCACUUGCAUUCAAUUGCUACAACGCUACUACGAUCCCGACGAGGGCACCAUUCACAUCGAUCAAGAUGACAUUCAGCACGAUCUAACACUGGAUGGCGUACGCCGUAAGCUGGGCAUUGUCUCACAGGAGCCGUCGCUUUUCGAGCGCACGAUUGCCGAGAACAUUGCCUUUGGAGACAAUCGUCGUGCUGUGCCCAUGGCCGAGAUCAUUGCAGCUGCCAAGAGCGCCAAUGCCCACAGCUUCAUCAUUUCCUUGCCCAACGGCUACGAUACGCGCAUGGGUGCCCGUGGCACUCAGCUAUCUGGUGGCCAGAAGCAACGCGUGGCCAUUGCACGUGCCCUGGUGAGAAAUCCCAAGAUCCUGUUGCUGGAUGAAGCCACAUCAGCUCUGGACAUGCAAAGCGAGCGGUUGGUUCAGCAGGCUCUAGACUCCGCCUGCUCUGGACGCACCUGCAUUGUCAUUGCUCAUCGCUUGUCGACGAUUCAGAAUGCGGACGUAAUUUGUGUGGUUCAAGGCGGCAGAAUUGUGGAGCAUGGCACGCACUUGCAGCUGAUUGCCCAGGGUGGUAUCUAUGCCAAAUUGCACAGGACCCAAAAGGAUCAUUGAGAUUUUAAUUUGCGUUUUUUUAUUAUUAUACCAAAGUUAAGAUUUAUUCACUGUCGUAUUAAACACAUAACUAUUGUUCAAUAAACAAUCCUACAAUUUUAAA